CAAAUUUUAAGACCUUUUUCAUGAAAAAUUAUUUAAAAUAACAUAAAUUAUCAAUUAAUCCAAACUGUUUUGCACCGGAAUUAAGGAAUUUUACUUAUUUAAGCUUUAAAAGCCGUGAUAUGAAAACUGAUGAAGGUGAAUCGUGUUCUAAGAACAUGGAUAAUGAAAAGGAUAAAAAUAUAGAUGAAGAAAGUGAGAAUAUAAAGGAUGUAAAAGACUCCGAGACUAAUAAAGAUUCUGCUUUGAAAGAGUCUAAUGAUGAUACCUUGUUUGAGCCGACAGUUGAUAUGCUAGUAAAUGAUUUUGAUGAGGAACAGACAUUAGAAGACGAAGAAGCAAUGGCCGCAAAGGAACAAGUAGAUCCAGGAAAAGAACUUUCAGACUUACAGCGUGAAAGUGAAAUGCCAAUCGAAGAGCUAUUAAAAUUAUAUGGAUAUGGAAGUGGACCAGCUACAAUUAGUUCAGCAUCGUCAUCAUCGAGAAAGAGACGCAAACGUCAAGAUAAAACACCCCCAAAAACCAGUAAAAAAUCCCCACAAGAAGUUCCAGAAAAGAGUGAAGAUUCUACAGCUUUAUCAGCAACACAGGAAGAUGUUGUAGAAAAUUCAGGCGAUGAUGAUGCAACAACCACAACAACAGCUACUAAUAAUCUUGAAAAUCAAUCAGUUGAUGAUGAAACAAACUUUGAGGAUGAAGCAGAACCGUCAGAAUUAAAGAAACUUUAUACAGGAAUUUAUGGUAAUACUGAAAAAGACGGAGAAUUGAAACUCGAUCCAACAGCAUCAGAUGAGGAAGAUCUCGAUUAUGUACCGGACGAAGAUGAUGGAAAGAAAACUAUUAUGGUAGGAUCUGAUUAUCAAGCAGUCAUUCCUGAAGGUCUCUUAGAAUACGAUGACGUUCUACCCUACGAAAAUGAAGAUAAACUGCUUUGGGAUCCAAGUAAAGUCAACGAUAAUGAAAUCGAAGACUAUCUUAAUAAAUUCUCAACUACAUCCAAUGGCGGUGUUAAUCAUACAACACCUCAAACUACAGUAACAAAGCAUUUACGUGAUGAUGAGCAGGCAUUACUUCUAUUAGUUCAAUGUGGCAACAAUUGUGAAGAGGCACUACGUAGAAGACGAUUGGGAAACACUAUGAAACCAACAAAUACCAUGAGCAUUUGGAGUGAGGAAGAAUGUCGAAACUUUGAAAAUGGUCUUAAGAUGCACGGAAAAUGUUUUCAUGAAAUUCAGGCACAAAAGGUAAGAACCAGAUCUGUUGGCGAAUUAGUCGAGUUUUACUAUUUAUGGAAGAAGACAGAGCGUGCAGAUCUAUUUGCAAAUAAGGCUCGAAUGGAUAAGAAAAAGUACAACUUGAAUCCUUGUGUAACUGACAUAAUGGAUAAGUAUUUAGAAGAGUAUGAUAACGGGGGUACAAAUAAUCGAGAGAGAGAUCGAAGCGUGUCACCAAAUGUUAAUUCCAAUUCCUUACUUCAAGCUGACACAAAACGUCAUCGAAAUGAAACGAGCAGCAGUUCUGGUGGGAAUAAUAAUCAAUUGUCUCAAGAUAAAUUAAUUAAGCAAAAAUCAGUUGAUGAAAGCACAGGAAUCAAAACAGAGAAGAACUUGGAACAGGAGUGCGAAAGUGCCAAAAAUGAUAUUCAGGUUGAACGAACUAGGAAGAAAGAUGUUGUUAAAAAUGAUUUACAAGAGAAGUUACCAAAAGUUUAUAAAGAUUUGAUUGAGAAAUUGAAUGAAAAAUUGGAUGUCUUUAAACUUAUUGCUUAUGAUCUUGGAAAAGAUUCGAUGGAACUACAGAGAAAAAUUCUUGCGACUGAAAGUAUUUCUGUAAAGCAGGGGAAUAUGCUGAGAAAAAUUGAUAAGAAAAAUUCUAUUCUUGAGCGGCAAGUCAACGAAAAGAUCCAUGAAAUGCGCGACAAAUUCCUUUACAAGCUAUCAGAACUUAAUCAGUUUAAAGGCCUUUAUAUUGAAACUGAAAAUCUUCUUCAAGAAUCUAUGGAAGAAAUGAUAGAACGUGACAAAGUUUUGUGUAGCAAGACUAAGAUUCUUAAACAAUAUAAAUGCUGCAUUAAAAAGUACAAAGAAAAAAAAGUCACUAAAGCUGAAAUAGAACAAUUUGAGAAUCUUAAACUUCAGUAUGAGGAUAUGCUUGAAAAUUCAAAUAAAUUGCUGUCAAUUGUCAAUUGCAUCCAAGAAAAAAUCUGCAAAAUCGAUCAUGAACUAGAAUUGACGAGGAAAAUUAUCAGAAGGAAAUUGAAAGUCAUUAAGGAUCAUGACAAUUGGACCGUUGAUCACAUGAUAGAGAGGAAACAAUCGGUUGAGGCUGAUAUUGAAAAAUCAUCAGUGAAACUUUCUGAAGAAGACAUUGUGAUAAAAGAUUUAAGGAACAAUAUAGAAGCUUUGAAAGACAAUAUCGAAGUCUCUGAAUUUUCCAUUAAAAAACUUGGACAAUACAUGACAAAAUUGAGUCAAAAGAAAUCCUCUGGUCGACGAUAUAUUAAUUUAUCAAAAGAAGCCUUGAAAGCAGAACAGAAAGUGCUUUUGGGAAGGGAUUAUAUGGGCAGCACCUUUAUCAUUAAAAAUUGA